AUGGAUCCGAUCUCGUCUCUCUUCGGAAAGGCCUCCAGUCAUGAAGGUUCAUUGAGCAUUAUUACGGCCACGGCAAUCAUUUUCGCAAUCUCGUCAUGUUAUCUCCUCUCCAAAGGCAGCGCUCAUUUCUCAUAUCGCCUCUACCCAUCUAUUCCCCUGAUUGAGACGGAUGCAUCGACAACCAGCACCUCGGCCGCAAAAGCGCGCUGGGUAACCUCGGCUAGCGAAAUCAUCUCGUCUGGUCUGAAAACCCGCAAACCAUUUCAAGUGCUGGCGACAGUACGACCAAUGAUUAUAUUGCCUGCUCGAUAUAUAGACGAGAUUAAGAACCACGCCAACCUUGAUUUCGCGAAAGCGGUAGAGAGUAACUUUUACGGGAAAUAUCCCGGUUUUGAUGGAUUGAAUUCCCUGAACCAGAACGAGGUAUUUCAGGAUGCGAUUAGAGUUAAGCUUACACAGGGAUUAAAUCGACUAGUUACCCCGCUUGCCCAGGAAGCAGAGGUCACGGUUCUUGAAACAUUCUCCGAGUCAACAGACUGGACACCCUGUACCUUUGGGCAUCACGCAGCCCCUAUGAUUGCCCGCCUUUCAGCUUUGGCAUUCCUAGGUCCCAAAUUCUGUAGAAACCAACAUUGGAUUGACGUUAGUGUCAACUACACUUUAGACGUCUUUAACGCUGCCCGUGUUCUUAAUCUCUGGUCACCUAUCUUGCGACGGGUUGUGGUCUGGUUUCUACCAGAAACACGGAAACUACGUGCUCAUUUGCGUAAAGCUCGUGGGAUUAUUGAGCCUGAAAUGGCUGACAGAGCGGAGCAGAGGAAACAGAACGCUGGGUUGGAUACCAACAACGACGCACUUGAAUGGUUCCGGGAAUCCUCCGAGGUUACUAAGAAGCCAUUGGAUAUUACUUUAGCUCAGAUUUGCUUGUCGGUUGCAGCCAUUCAUAUCACAUCUCAACUACUCAUCAACGUGAUGUAUGAUCUUGCUGCUUAUCCCAAGUAUAUUGACCGCCUACGCGAGGAACUGUCUCAAGUAUUACUAGAAGACCAGGGGUGGAAAUCGACGACUCCUGCAAAAUUGAAACGCAUGGACAGUGUAAUUAAGGAAAGCCAACGGAUGAAUCCAAGCAGCAUGAUUUCCAUGCAUCGUUACGUCGAGAAACCCACCAAACUAUCCGACAACACCCUCCUCCCUAAGGGUGCCUGGGUUACUAUUGCGGCAACUCCUGCUAAAGAUGCCAAUAUAUGGACUGAACCGGAUACUUUUGACGGCUUACGUUUCUACAACCUACGCCAGCAGGCUGGAAACGAAAGUCGAUAUCAACUCACCACCACUAGUUCAGAACAGAUAGGGUUUGGGGUGGGAAGACACGCAUGCCCGGGACGGUUUUUUGCGUCUCAUGAAUUGAAGUUCCUAUUAGCACAACUGAUUGUAAAGUUUGACUGGAAGUUGUCUGACAGUGAGCAAGGCAGACCUAAGUCGUUGGAAAUCGGCACGGAGAUGAUGCCCAAUCGUAACGUGGUAUUGUUGAGGAAGUCAAGACAGAUAUGA